AUGACCCUUGCCAUCGGAACAGCACAAGUACACAAAAUGAACUGGAACGGCAUCUGGGACGCUGAGGUUCACUAUAACCGCGCCAUGACACGACUUGGUGACGUGCUCUCUCGAGGGGGCAUUACUGCACUGCAAGCAUUGCUCCUAAUUUGUCAGUAUCGAAUGGGCACCACUUCACACGACACGAGCACAAGCGUCUGGCACCUCAUCGGUGUGGCCGCGAGGACGUGUUUCGAGCUUGGUCUGCACAAGGCAACUACUUAUGCCCCUCCUCAGGCCCGUGACGGAGAUGAAGGAGAUUCUGCCGCGUGGCAAGAGGAGGUGGAGACCAAGCGGAGGUGUUUUUGGAGUGUAGUAUCUAUGGAUCGCAUCGCCAGUCUCAUCCUCGGCCGGCCACUAGCCAUACAACUGGAGGACAUCGACGUCGAGCUCCCUCAUUUCGACAUGCCCGUGUCGGUGCUGCCUUCCCAACACUCACUAUCAACCGCACCGUUUGGCACUCCCGAGUGGCACCUCGGGACCUCAAUAUUCGUCCACAUAGUACGGUACAGGCUGAUCUGUGGUAAGAUCCUCAAUAUCUUACACCGGAGUCCUGGCGCAAGCCGAGAGUCCACCAUUGUGUACGAGGACAGCCGGAGCACUUUGGUCGAGGAGCUCCGAUCAUGGCAUGCAGAGACAACUAACCUACCGCUGAUCCAAGCGGAUGCGCCAAUCGCCUCGCUGGCGAGUAGAUCGAGCUUCCGCUCAGCUGAGUGGUACAGACUGCUUUAUCACAACGGCGUUUUGAUGCUGUUUCGCCCGUCUCCAACUCUCUGCGAUGCGACAGGGAACAGCACUGUGCUACAGCACAUGUUUGAUUCAUCGCAAGAAGCGAUCAAUCUCUACGCCAACUUGCAUCGCUCAAGAAAGAUUAAUUACUCUUGGGUGACACUGCAUUCCAUCUUCAUCGCUGGGCUAUCGUACAUAUACGCCCUGCGCAACCAUUUACAACAUCUACAGAACCGAAACGUUUCGAAUACGAAUGCGCUCAAGGCCACUCUGCGGUCUACUCCGACCAUUAGCCAGGUAGUCAACGACACUCGCGCUUGCUCAAAGGUUCUGGUGGCGGUGUCGGAGCGAUGGGCAAUGGCACGGAACUGCUCCGAAGUCUUCGACCGUCUCAGUGACGCCGUUGUUGCCGACGUUGUGGAGGCCCAAACGGGUCGUGCUUCCGCAUCUUCCGACUCAACAUAUCCAGUCCAGUCUACAUGCGAGUCUGAAGGUCAAUUGCAACCGUCCAUGGAGAUGAACAUGACGGAUGCCAUGUACGGACAGGCCAACCCAACCUUUGUUAAUAUGACGGUCGACGAGACUCUAAGAGAUUGCUUCGGCGACCUGCAGAACAUCUGUUACGACCAAUACCACAGCGAUGCCAUUGCUCAGCUUUCUCAAGAUUGGCUCUUUGGAAUGGGAGAGACCCCAAGUCGUUACAUUUAG